CUAAAUAAUUCCUUGCAAUGAACUCUGGGAUAGACCUUGCUGCUAGCGCGCCAUAUGCAUUUUGAAUGAAAGGGUGAUAAACAUGGCAGAGAACGUCAAAAAUAUUAUUGAAUUUUUGCGCCUCGUUGGUCAAUUAAAACGAGUGAAACGGACAGGAUGGGUAAUGUGCAAGGUGGAACAGCCGGAGAGUGUGUCUGAUCACAUGUAUCGCAUGGCAGUUCUCGCCAUGCUCAUUCCAGAGGGUAAAGGCCUGCGUAGGGAUCAUUGUAUCAAGAUGGCCAUAGUACACGACCUAGCCGAGUGCAUAGUGGGGGACAUUGCACCAGCAGAUGGUGUCAGCAAAGAAGAAAAGUAUAGACGAGAAAAGGAAGCAAUGAACCACUUGACAAGCCUUGUGGAUCCUGCUGUCGGAUCAGAACUUUGUCAACUCUGGGAGGAGUAUGAGGAGGGUUCCACAGAGGAGGCCAAGUUCGUCAAAGAUUUGGACAAAUUUGAGAUGAUUCUGCAGGCUUUUGAGUACGAAACGCUAGAAAAAAGGCCGUUGGAAUUGCAAGAGUUCUACAACACAACCAAAGGCAAAUUUACACAUCCGACCGUUCAGGAAUGGGUGGGCGAAGUCUACAGGCAACGAGAUGGCGACAUGGCUGACAAAAGCUGACAUUUGUGUAAGCGUCCGUCACCAGAAAUCUCAAUCUUCUGAGGUAAAUGAGAUGACAUUGUGCAAGCGUCCGACACCAGAAAUCUCAAUCUUCUGAGGUAAAUGAGAUAAAACCAGCUAAUUCAGUGACUGAUUUUGGCGGCUUCGAGGAAACAAUGCAAAAAUCCCUGGGGCCGCCAUAAAAACCUCUCUGAGUUGUUUGAAAUACUCCAAACAUUCCGCAGCUGUUUCAAGUUUUCUUAAAAUUGGGCAAAUGGAUGUUACGCAGCAGAUUUGUUGCACUGUUUUGUUUCGUUGGCUACAGGUCUUCAUAUUGAGUUUGGGAGUAUUGGAUAGACUGUGUUAUCAUUUGCAGCUACCCAAAAAGUAAUUGACAAAAUUAUAUUGUUGAAAAGCAUACUUGGUUUAAAGAUAGAAUGGCACUAAACUUCCUGUGAA